UAGUUAUAUAAUUGUGUUAUAUUCUUUUCGACUUUUUCGUACGUUAAUUUUUCAUCGUCUUACUAAAAAGUCCUCACUUCGCCAUUACAUGUUACAUGGUCAAUGGUCAAUGGUCAAUUACCUCAUGAUUAUAUAUAGUUUUGGAACUAUAUCUAAACUCUAGAGCCAAUUUUGUGCAACCAGUGGGGACACGAAACCAACCAAGAUCCAUCCAACCUGUUUUUUGUCAAAUAAAUUCAGUGUUUUCAGGUCUACCAUCCAAUAUAUUAGUUUAGUUGCAAAUUCAUCCAAUAUCUUAUUCUAGUUGUCUAUAUGCAAAGGCUAUAUAUGUAAAGUCAACCUAGGAAAUGGAACCUCCCCCUUCUAUAAACAAAAUGUCAAAUGACCCUUCUGAUUAAGAGAAAAUGACAGGUUGAUAUGGAGUAGUAACAAAUAUUUUAAUGUACUAGUGGUAUUUUUAAAUUUGCAAAUGCCUUGAUGGGAAGAUUGGACCAAUAAUACAGAAGUUGGUAACAUCAGCCAGUGUGCAAAAGUUUGAAGCUCAAGAAAGUUGUCACUUUUAUAGAUGAUCUUAUUUUUGUCCUUGAAGUCUGUUUCAUUUCUAUUAGGACUGUUGAAAACAUAACUUCUCAUUGCAAAUAAGAGUAAUGAGAAUGAGUCAUUUUGUCAAAUUCAUCAUUCUUUUGAACUUUCUGCAGCUUCUUGAUCCUUCUUUUUCACUUCCCUUGUGUACUGAUUCAAGGGCUCCUCUUCAGCUAAAGACUCCUCUAGCAUUCUGUUCUUAUAAUGGAACCUCAUGCUGCAACUCCAAUGGUGAUAAACAACUUCAGACUCAAUUUAAUGCUAUGAACAUUUCUGAUCCUGGAUGUGCUUCUCUUGUAAAAUCUGUCAUCUGUGCGAAGUGUGAUAAAUUUUCAGGAGAGCUGUUCAGAACUGAUUCCGUUCCUCGACAACUUCCUAUCUUGUGCAACUCCACAACUUCAGCAAAUUCAACCAAAAUUAGCCAAGUUGAGAGUGACUUUUGCUCUAAACUAUGGACUACAUGUCAAAAUGUGUCUAUCAUAAGUUCUCCUUUUUCUGCUUCUGUGAAGUCCAAUUCCACAAAGUUGACAGAUCUAUGGAAAUCACAAAUAGAUUUCUGUAAUGCAUUCGGUGGAGCUUCUGGUGAUGGAUCGACAUGCUUCGCUGGAGAACCUGUCACCUUAAAUACCACCACGCCUAUAACUCCUCCAGGGGGUUUGUGCCUCGAGAAAAUUGGAAAUGGUAGUUACCUCAAUAUGGUUGCUCAUCCUGAUGGCUCUAGUCGUGCUUUCUUCUCGAAUCAGCAAGGGAAAAUAUGGUUGGCUAAUAUUCCAAAACUCGAUUCCGGAGAGCUGUUAGAGCUUGAUGAUGCUAGUCCUUUCUUGGACUUAACAGAUGAAGUUCAUUUUGACACUGAACUGGGGAUGAUGGGGAUUGCAUUUCAUCCGAAGUUCUCACAGAACGGGCGAUUCUUUGCUUCAUUCAAUUGUGAUAAGCAAGCAUGGCCUGGAUGUGGAGGAAGAUGUUCUUGUAACUCAGAUGUCGACUGUGAUCCAUCAAAACUACCUGGCGAUAGCAGCUCCCAACCAUGCCAAUAUCAAGCUGUGAUAGCAGAAUUUACUGCUAGUGGAUCCCAGCCAAAAAAGGCAAAAGCUGCCAACCCGAAAGAAGUCAGAAGGAUAUUCACCAUGGGCCUUCCAUUUACGGGUCAUCACGGAGGCCAGAUACUUUUUGGACCGAGAGAUGGAUAUUUGUACUUCAUGAUGGGUGAUGGCGGAGGUAUAGGUGAUCCUUACAAUUUUUCCCAAAACAAGAAGUCAUUGCUGGGAAAGAUUAUGAGGCUUGAUGUUGAUGGCACAUCCAUUCCCUUAGGUGCAGCAGAAAUCACGAAGCUCGGGUUAUGGGGAAACUACUCUAUACCAAAGGAUAAUCCUUACACUGACGAUAAAGAGUUGCAGCCUGAAAUAUGGGCACUAGGAAUGCGAAAUCCUUGGCGAUGCAGUUUUGAUUCUGCUAGACCAUCUUACUUCAUGUGUGCUGAUGUAGGGCAGGACAAAUUUGAAGAGGUGAAUAUAGUUAGCAAGGUUGGCAACUAUGGCUGGCGUGCCUACGAAGGUCCUUACCGUUACACUCCUUCGAAAUCACCUGGAGGAAAUACAUCUAUGAGCUCCACAAAUCCAAUUUUCCCAGUCAUGGGAUAUAAUCACUCUGAUGUGAACAAGAAUGGAGGGUCAGCAUCAAUUACUGGUGGAUACUUCUACAGGUCCAUGACUGAUCCCUGCAUGCAUGGAAGGUAUCUUUUUGCAGAUCUGUAUGCAGGUUCCAUGUGGGCAGGCACUGAAAAUCCAGAGAACAGUGGAACAUUUAACACCACUCAAAUCUCUUUCAAGUGUGCUCAGAAAUCACCAAUUGAUUGUACCUUUGUCCCUGGAAGCUCAGAUCCAGCUUUAGGCUACAUAUUUUCAUAUGGUGAAGAUAACAACAAGGACAUGUAUGUACUUGCAAGUAGUGGAGUUUACAGAGUUGUUCGUCCGAGUCGUUGUAAAUACACUUGUUCAAAGGAAAAUUCUUCUGCUGUUGUUGAUGAUAUCCCAGCUGGUCCUCCUGUUGCUUCCACACCUUCAGCAGCAUUCAUGUUAACAGGUUCAUGCAAUAACUUUGUACUCAUGUUGUUGUCUUUUAUGCUGAUAUUGGCUAGCUGUUUUUAGUAUGCUGCUACAAAAUGUUAACGUAUAGAGAGAUACAUUGGCUUCCCAAUUCACAAGUCUUGUACAAUAAAGUUAUAUUCUUUUCUCUUUUCAAGUUGUAUCAGAUGUAACAUAUCAAUUUUUUUAUGGUAACAAAGCAAAGGGUUCAACUCGGACCCACUUGCAAGACGAAUUGUGACAAUAGAUCGAUACAGCUUGUAAAAAUCCUGUUAUGCCCACUGUUUGGAACUGGCAAAAGCCUAUAUAGACAACUUGACUGCCAUACAGUUAUUA